CGAGGAUCUAACCACAGUUCACCCUCGUCCUCCAAAAGUUAGGAUUCUCUACCGGUACCUGAGUUUUAGGUUUCGUUCGAGUUCCGUUAGUGGUUUCCGUUUUCUACCAUGAAAGUUACACUUAUGUGCGUUUUCACGCUUUGCGUGCUAGUGGGAUUAGUUUCCUUGAGAGCCGCUCCAACCCAGGAGGUAGGAGGAGGUUACGGCUCUUCAAACUCUGGCAGUCAGAGUAAAUCCGGAAGUGGAAGCAAGGGCUCCACCAGCUCUUCAGGAUCCGGAAGUCAAAGCGGAUCAGGAAGUGGAGGCAAAGGUGGAUACAGCUCGUCAGGAUCCGGAAGUCACAGCGCAGCCGAAACUGACGGCAAAGGCUCGACUAGCAGCUCAGGAUCCGGAAGUCACAGCGCAGCCGAAACUGACGGCAAAGGCUCGACUAGCAGCUCAGGAUCCGGAAGUCAUAGCACAACCGAAACUGACGGCUCCACCAGCUCUUCAGGAUCCGGAAGUCAAAGUACUUCCGGAAGCGGAAGUGGUGGCUCUACUAGUGGCUCAGGAGCAGGUAGUUACAGCAAAUCUGGGAGUGGAAACGAAGGCAGCAGUGCAAGCGGUUUCAGCGGCGCCGGAAAUUACGGACAAGGUGGAUGGGGUGGUUCUGGCUCAAACAUUGAGACCAACGCUGCUACACAAGGCUCUAAGUUUGGAUCCUCUUUCGGCGAAAAUUCAGGAGUAAACGGUGGAUCUUUCAAUCUCAACCAAGGCAAAUUCGGACCUUCCAUCUCGGCCAACAAGUUCACUGCAUCCUCCUCAAAGACCGGAAGUACUUUCGGUGAAUCCUUCGGUACCCAGUCUUCAUCUAAGGGAUCCUCCUUCAAUUUCGGUGGACCGAACAGAUUAUUUGCGGCGGCCGGCAGUUCUGCCGCUGCUGGUACUGGCAAUGGGAACUCUGGUGGCUACUACUAAGUUCGAAAGCUCUCAAACUAGGGCAAUGAUUCUAGGUUGUGGCCCUUGAAAGCAUCUUAAAUUCAUUCAAGUUUAAAUUUCAUAUAAAAUAUGCUUUAUUCUCAUUAAAAAUAACCAAAAAUACACGAUUUCAAAGCAAGCAA